AUGGCAAUACAAGCCAUUGCUGACCAAUUUGGAGUAUGUGAAUAUACAGUAUUUGGUAUCGUGAAACGUCUUGCUAAUAUUGUUUGUCGAGAAUUUCUUAAGCAAUACAUAAAAUGGCCAGUUGAUGAAAAAGUUUCCAACAUUGCUAAAGGAUUUAAAGAUUUGAAAAAAAUUCCUGCUGUAAUUGGUGCCAUUGAUGACAGUCAUAUACCCAUAAAAACACCGACUUACUGCCCAGAAAACUACAUCAAUCGGAAGUCAUUUCCAUCAGUAGUUCUGCAGGCAGUUUGUGAUUCUAAAAUGCAUUUGUUAGAUGUAACCUGUGGUUGGCCGGAUUCUGUCCACGACUCCCGAAUUCUCAAAAAUUCGUCGCUCUACGAGAGAAUCCAAAAUGAUCCAGAGGGGACGUUUCCCAACAAUACACACCUUUUGGGGGACUCGGCUUACAGUCUUGAAAAGUGGAUGAUGACUCCCUAUAGGGACAAUGGCAACCUAACACAGAGUCAGCACAAGUACAAUUAUAUCCAUAGUAGCACAAGGAUGGUCAUUGAGCGGACCUUUGAGGCCUUGAAAGGCAGGUUUCGUCGAUUGAAAUAUGUUGACAUUCAGGACAUGGAAAAAAUAGUAAAAGUUGUGAUUAGUUGCUGUGUGUUGCAUGAAUUUUGUUUGCAACAUGAUGAUUGUUCAGAGUAUAUAGAAGAGGGGGAGAGGAUGAAAUAA